CUUUGACGGAUUCUUUCAGAAAGUUUGACACAGAUAACGACGGAUGGAUUCAAAUUAGCUACGAACAGUUUUUGGAACUUGUCGUCAGCAACCGUUAAAGCGAAAUAUGGAGGCAGAUUAAGCAAGAAAUGCCUGACGCCGUUAUCGGUUCUAUUUUGCAGCUAUGGAUGUAAAGUUUAUUCGCUCCGUUUUUUCAACUGUAUCCAAUUUCUCUGUUUCUUAUUACUAUGGGCUUAAUGAAUUAUCGUACAUUCAUAGCAUUUUACCAAGAGUUUUCCCGCUUCUUCAUGUAUUUUCUAAACCUCUUUCUGAACCUCUUUUUCACUUGUUUUUUUUUGGGAUCAAAAGAGAGAAUGUUCGUUUCAAAUCAAUUUUUAAAUAUCCUGUUAAGGCAAUUGAGAUGCGUCAUUGUUCUGUGGCCCUCGGUGCCACCAAGGAGUCAGAGUCUGUUACCAAAGACCUUGAGGGAAAGGACGCUACUAAACCAUACAACGAAGGCCAUGGCACAGCUUCACCUGACGACGUUGCCGAAAGCGAAGCCGCUUUCGAUACUGAAACGGUGGAUCCUAAAGAUGAAAUGGACAAAGCUGGAGACAAAUUGGAUGUUAGCGGCGCUAAUGAAAAAGCCAGCCCCACACCUGGUAAUGAUGAUUAGAACAAUCCAGUAGAAAAUAAAUAAAACAUGUACAUAGUGAACGGAUUUGAAAUAUAUUUUGGAAAC